AUGCUGCAAAAUGUGGAUAUAGUAGUAAAAGUAGCCGAAAGAUCGAAAAAUCUAAAAGGCACUUAUGUGAAGGAGCUAAAGACCUGCUCGAAGAACCUCCGAGCGGCUGCAACCGUGGUGGCCAGGAAGACGGCGGGCACCAGCGGAAGGCAAAUGGAGGAGGAGAACGAGAGACUAAGGGAAAAAGAGGAGAGGGAUGCCAGAGCGAAGGCGGAGAGUAAGGGAGCAACGGAGGAGGUCAUGAUGACGGAGGAGAUGCCUGAAGAGGACUUCCCCCCCCGAGUACAAGACCAGAGCCCCGCAAAGCCAGCUAGAGCUAAGCGGGCUACGCGGUCCAAGGCCCCAACUGGAAAAGCCCUAGCCAGGCAGAAGACAGAGAAGGAGGAGAAACCGGCGGAACAGCCGAGAAGAGAAGACCCGGUUUACCGACCGAGAGUCAGAGGGAAGAGGAGGGCGCUAGAUGAACCCUCUCUGGACGUCGCCAUGGAGGACGUCAGGAAGAUAAUUGAGGGGGUCUCCAUCAGAGACGUCACCAAGGGAGACCCACAGGAGGUAAGACGCAACCUCCAAAAUUUGAUAAUUAGGUGUGAGGGAGCCAUGACCAGGAUCCCGGAGGAUACCAGUAAAGGGAAAGAGGAGGCCAAAAAAGGUCUGCCGGUUGUCACCAAUAUGGAGGUGGUAAGAGGCAGAGUGAGGGUGACGGCCAAGGAGACGGCGGAGAAGGUAAUCUACGACGCCAAGACGGCGAGGAGGAAAAUCCCUGGCAACCAGGAAACUCCGUGGGUGGAAGUAGCCAGGAGGAAGAAAGGAGGGAAGAAGCCGGAGACGGAGAAGAAGGAGACGGCGACAGGCAACCCCAAGAAACCGGAACCACCAGUGAAUGCCGGCAAAGGGGGCGAGAAGAGGCGGUAUGCUGAGGUGGUUAAAACAAAACCACCCGGCAAUAAAGGAGAUAGGGCGAAGCAGCCGAUCCCGGCAGGAGGAGGCGGUAAGCCGGAGAAGCGCCCCCAGAGGACGGCCGAAAAGCCAGCAAAGGUGACUGAGGCCCAAGGGGGGAAAGCGCAAGGUCCGGAGGCCCGGAAAAAGCAGAGGAGGACCCCAAGAUCCGAGGCCGUGACGGUCUCGUUCCCC